GCAGAGCAAGGGGCAACCCUACUUAAUGUCUAAGAGCAAGUGACGUAACUGAUUGAAAUGCUACUAGCGCGCACCCGCUAACUAGCUAGCCAUUUCACAUCCGUUACACUCACCCCCCUUUCGACCUCCUCCUUUUCCGCAGCAACCAGUGAUCCGGGUCAACAGCAUCAAUGUAACAGUAGAACGUUACGUCGUUCCCUCGCCCCGACACGGGCGCGAACCAGGGACCCUCUGCACACAUCGACAACGGUCGCCCACGAAGCGUCGUUACCCAUCGCUCCACAAAAGCCGCGGCCCUUGCAGAGCAAGGGGCAACCCUACUUAAUGUCUAAGAGCAAGUGACGUAACUGAUUGAAAUGCUACUAGCGCGCACCCGCUAACUAGCUAGCCAUUUCACAUCCGUUACACUUGCUAUAUAAGGAAAUCCAUCUUUGAGACUGUGCACCUAUUUAUUGGAUCAUUGCUUGGCUAUGAUGAAGAUCAUUCUGCUUGUCACUGGGGGUUACCCUGUUCUGUCAGGGCUACAGCAACACCCUGGACACCUGGGUCCAGGGUCGCUGUGGCUGGGCUGGGCAGAGCGAACAAAAGCUGUUAAUGGAACACAGCCUGUGAGCGCAAUGGAGAAUGUUGCUCUAACUAUGAAAGCUUCUGCAAAGGGCCGUUGUGAAGAGAAGUACAACUCUCAGAACAAGUGCCACUGCAACUCCAAGUGCUCCCAGUAUGACAACUGCUGCAAUGACUAUGCAGCCCUCUGUAAUGGUGAGAGGGUACUGUGGCAUUCUGAUCUGGAGCACCCACUCCAGGAUUGUCCUGCCAGGGCCGCUGUGGGGAGAAAUACAACUCUCAGAACAAGUGCCACUGCAACACCAAGUGAAGAGAUCACAACACCUGCUGCAGCGACUACACCUCCCUCUGUGGAAAUGGCUUAAUUGUUACUCAAACUGUUACACCAAAUUGAUUACAACCCUGGCUCUGGUGGUGGAGAUACCGGCAGUAACAUCACUGAUCCAGUCUCUGUCUAAAACUCUGUAUGCUCUGGACUCCAACAAGCCCUCUGCGUCAGAGCUGAUCAUUGACUCCCAGGCCAGAGUGCCCAUCUCCCAGACCUGCUCCCAGAACGACCUUUGUUCUCUUAUUCCUCUCUUCCUCUGUCUCUUAUGUUAUUUUUUUCUCUCUCACUAUAUAUUCAUCCCUCUUUCUGUCACUGUCCAACCUCCCCCUUCUCUCUGCCCCUUGCUCUAUUUCUUUCUCUCUCUCAGGGCCUCCCGAGUGGCGCAGCGGUCUAAGGCACUGCAUCGCAGUGCUAGAGGCGUCACCACAGACCCAGGUUCGCCUGUUCAUACCGCUAUCAUCCAGAAGUGGACUUCCUACCCUGAUGUUCUUGGGAUGCAGUUUACGUGGGAUGGCUACUUCAAGCAGGUUGAUUCUGCCAUCAUUGGCUGCAGUUCUGAGUUCGACUUGGCCAAGUACAGUCUUUGCUACAUCACCUGUCCAGGGAAACAGUGUAAACAGAGCCUGGGAGGGAAGCCACUGGUGAUCCAGACCUACACCUGGGAAAACUCCUCCUAUGGGAAUGGGAAGAAGUACAUCGGCUCCGCCUUCCCUGCCACGCCCUAGAACUGAAGCACACAGCAGCCACUCAGCAUUCAACAAGCUAGCAACAGUCUGCCAAUCACAUCCUGCAUCAAACUCAACAAUGUCCAAUCUUAGUCCUGAUACAUAAGAGCAUUUCAUUAUUUGUAUUUGUAAAUGGGUUACAUUUUUGUGAAUAGGACAAUUCAUGUAUGAAUGUUUUGCGCUCACUAUAAAUGUAUCGUAGACAUUCAGCAUUUAGAUUGAUAUUCGAAGGCAAAUUUCAUGCGUCAGCGGAGACUGAAUUUUGUAAACACUAUAUAUAUCUGCUCAAUCGGAAAUUACCUUGGCAUUUCUAUUGCGCAAUCUAUAGCUUCAGCAAUACAGAUUGAAUAUAGCCCUUAGUCAAGCAAUGAAGAAAUCUGCAGGGUAUGAGAAUCCCAUGCACUCCUGAGGGCAUGAUCAAACUAUGCCCAACGGGGCUGAAAAUUGGCAUUUACACGCUCCUAUAGCGGGCACAUGGGGACACCCCACCACUAAGAGCAUGUGUGCAUCUGACACAAUCGCUUACUGUCUUACCCCCCCUCCAAAAAAUAAAGCAAAAAUAAAUAAGCAGUCUCCUGCACCCCUCACCAAUAAAUUAAUGGAAACGAAUGGAAACAAAAACACAUUUAGCAGAUCCUAUUCUGCUUGACCUACUCCAAACAGUACCCACUAGCUAAACCUGUUCCUAUCAGCUGUCUGUAAAGCCCUGUGUGUCCCACCCCAGCUGGGGGUGAGGAUCUGCGUGUGUGUGAGGCUGCUUCCAGCUGGGAUGGGGGGUCGAGUUUACCCUUUCACUCAUCCAGGGUGACUAACGGGAUAAACUCUGGGUCUGCCGACAGGACAGGGGGACACACUUGCAUCCCUGUUUAAAGAAAGUAUUAGAGGAGAUGGAUCUGCCUUAGAUCCCAUUGUCCCCUGGUAUGUGUGCGUCCGUGCCAAGUGAGAACACAAGGCUAGUCACUUCAUACAAAAACCACGUCUUUCAGGAAUUCAUCUGAUUUGGGCCUCAACAAAUGGGCUGAGUCUCACAUCGACCUGACAAUAACGAUACGCUCUGUGAGUAAUUUCCCCAGUUCAGUUUUGUCAGACCAUAUUACAUUUUCUGGGCCGGUGACUCUGAAAAGUAGAAGAGUAAAUGUCCUCUCUUUUUAUACCCGAAAUGGAAUCAAAUUAAACCACAGUGGGGCGAGUGAGAGAAAAAGAUUCAAUUGUUCCUUUUGUCGCUCUCACAACUUCAUAAUCGAAUUAUAGCUGGCCACCCGCCAACCCCCCCACAGAUAGCCCCCCAAAUGGGCUCCCCCUGGCAGAUAUAGUAGCCACCUGACUUUUGUUUUGUAAUUAUAUUAUCCCGCUCUCUUUAGCGUGUCGUGGCUAAUGGCUGAGCGGGCCAGUCCAGCUGCACAUGCAGAAACAAAGCUGCUUAUGGGGCCAGACAAUAGGCUCGUGGAAAAGGGACGCCUGAAGGCGGUCGGCCAAUGAGCACGCACCGCAGGGGGCCAGCGGGGGGUUUAGGGAAGGGUUAAGAGGGUUUGGGGUGUAGCUGGAGGGGUGUCUAUUUUUGUGGCCCUGUGGAGUGGCCUCAUCAAUGGGAUGGUUGGUAUAAGGACACAUGGUCCAGAUCACCAGAACGUUUAGGGCUUAGGUUGGAGGGAGGUUCAAGUGUGGCUCAGUGUAACUUCCAAGCUGAUGAGGGACCAUGAAACUCAGAGUAACUUUCAUUCUCUGGAGGUCUGUUUGUCUUUCUGAAUGCUCAAUAAUAAACAAUAUGAUCAGCCUAUUGUCCUCCCUCCUCAAAACAUCAAAAGUAUUUGGAGAGAAUGUAGGUGAUGGGAUCGUUGGGCCCACAAUUAUUACAUAAAGAGGUGAAUAUGAUAUGUUAUUCUCAAAUAAAUUGUAAAAAAACAACAACCAAAAAUCCAUUGCACAUUGUAAUAGCAUCAUUUCUGAUACAUGAUAUUGUGAAUAAAAGUGUUUAAAACUUGA